UGAAUACCAUCAUGUCCGUCUGAUGCAGAUGCUGCAUACAUAAAGUGACGUAGUUCAUUCAUGGUGGUGGGCUCCUUCUGCAUGGCGGGGGUGUCACUCCAUUCGGGCUGGCUAUUUUGGGGGGCACUGGAGUGAACAGAAAGCCCGAGCACUAAAAGGUCGCAGAACGCUGCAGCCCAGGCGUGCGGAGGGAUUUAAAGGUUAAAGUCCAAAGCGCGCGCUGCGUCUUUCUCUCAGCCGGCUCUCCUUCCGCGGAAUGGUUCGGUCUCACUCCGAUUUCAUUCAUAAAAUUCCUGCUCACUAUAAAAGGCGGGCCUCUCCACUACAUCUGCACAGUUACCAUUUAUGAAAGCUGGCAAAUGGGAGUACAAGUGAACGCAGGCACGGGCGGCUAGAUCUUUUUCCUCCGUUUUCUUAUUAAUAUUAUUUCUUCUGAUUUAAUGCUGUAAUCUUUAAAAAAAAACAUGCAUCCAGACACCACCACUGAUGACUUCGACACAUCUUCCAGCUGUCCGGCAGCAUCAUCGCCUGGCGGGGACACCCCUGGGUGCAGCCAGUCUCCUUCUGACUCGCUGUCAUCAUCAAUAGGCAAGGACGGUGCCACGGCAGCCUCCUCCUUUGUUCCCACGCUGACCGCAGUCUCAACGUCGCCGGAGCUGAAGUGGAUGGUGCAGCCCACAGCCAUCGCACCGUCGCCGUGCGGGAAAGGCAAAACGCGCGGCGCAGCGCAGACGUCCUCUGCAGGCGCAAAGAAGGCGAAAGCCUGCGGCAGCAAGAAGGCGCAAAAGGAGCAGCCUUCCAAAGAGGAGGAGGAGAGGAGAAGGAUCAGGAGGGAGAGGAACAAGAUCGCUGCAGCCAAGUGUCGGAACAGGCGGAGGGAGCUGAUAGACAGCCUUCAAGCUGAAACCGACUCGCUUGAGGAGGAGAAGUCUGUUCUCCAGACUGAGAUAGACAACCUGCUGAAGGAGAAGGAGAGGCUGGAGGAGAUCUUAGCCUCCCACAAGCCUUCCUGUAAGCUGCCUGCAGAUGACAGCGACAGGGAGGAGGAGGAGGAGGAGGAGGUCAGCGCGAUGCUCCAGGAUCCUCCGGCCUCCCCGCAGCUCCUCUCCAUCUUGGAGAGCGUGAAAACCCCAGAAAGCGGCGCAGAACCUCCCGCGGGUCCAGACCUGGACGCCGUCUCCUGCAUCCCCGCCGCGGCCAUCCUGGGCAACUCCGACAUCCUCCUCUGCUCCAGCGCCGAGGAGAACGACGAGGACGACGCCCUGGAGGACCUGAGAGGAGACGACCUGGACGACCUGGUGCCCAGCCUGGAGAUGGCGGCGGCGUCCGAGACGGCCGCCUCCGUGCCCGACAUCGACCUGAGCGGCCCGUUCUGCCUCCCAGACUGGGAGACCCUGUACAAGUCGGUGGCGAGCGACCUCGAGCCGCUGCCCGGCCUGUCUUCCAGUCCCACUUGUAGCAGCUACCGCACGGCGUUCUCCUUCGAGGUGGAACCCGCGGCCGACUGCUGCGAGGCCCUGAGAGGCGCGGCGGAGCUGAUGACCGACAGCCUCAACUCUCCGACACUUCUGGUCUUGUGAAGAAGUUAUGCAACAAAAAAACGCCGCGUUUGUAUCCCAAACCAGCCAGCAAAGCUACGAUCCUCAGAUAUUAACUUAGUGUGAUGCUUUGAUGCUGUAAACCUAAACAUCAAAGGUCGUGUUAGAUUGGUUUAAGUUUUUCUGUGGUUGAGUUCUUCCAGUUUGUUUUAAUUGUCUGAGAUGAGACUUUGUGCUGGAAUCCAAAUGCAUGCAAUACAAAUCAUCUGUAUUCCAAGAAGACCUGGUAUCUUUGUGUGAUUAAAAAAAACACACACCUGUGAUGUGACGUCAGUUCACGCUCAGUAUAUAUGUAACACUAUUGACUAAAGUCUUGACAAGUGAAAAGUGACAUGUAGCAGCGUUUAGGUGUAAGGUGUCCCCCCCUGACAUGUCAUUUCCCCUUAAUAUUUUCAUUAAAACUAUCACACCAUGUAUUUUAUCAAGAUGUACUGUAUUUUAUGGCAUAGUUUAUUUUUUUACUCAUCAUUAAUGAUGCAGAUGCAAAAAGACUUAUAAAAAAAAGAAAUAAAACAUGACAUUCACAAAUUG